CAGCGGCGGGGCGCCUGCCCCUCUCUGCCCUGCUGAUGGUCUGCAGACGUGCGGGCAGAAACGCGGCUCCGGUGCUGAGGCAGGAGGCUGGAGGAGGGACGACUCUCAGCAGCAUCCCCCGUUCCUGUUGGGUGUUGGUCCAAUCUCAAGAAAUCUCUCUCCCCUGCUCAACCAAUCAGCAAUAUUUGACGCCAGGACUGCUGAUACACAUCAUGUGUGACUGGGAAGAUAUCUGAGGGGAGCCCAUCAGAACCUGUGUGAGCCUCUCAGAUCCAUUCUUCUCUGUCUGCCUCCAUUAAAACACAGCCCUAGAGCACCAUGGGAGGCGCGGCGGUGGACGUGGAUGCAGGGGCGGUGAAGGCUCCAGAUGGUGGGUGGGGCUGGGCGGUGCUGGCUGGCUGUUUUGUCAUCACAGGCUUCUCGUACGCUUUCCCUAAAGCGGUCAGCGUCUUUUUCAAAGAGCUGAUCAGGGAGUUUGGGGUGGGAUACAGCGACACUGCCUGGAUCUCCUCCAUACUGCUGGCCAUGCUGUAUGGCACAGGUCCUCUGUGCAGUGUGCUGGUGAACCGCUUCGGCUGUCGUCCUGUGAUGAUGGUGGGCGGCCUCUUUGCCUCUCUGGGAAUGAUCCUGGCCUCCUUCUCCACCAGCAUCAUCCACAUCUACCUCACUGCUGGAGUCAUAACAGGUUUGGGGUUAGCCCUGAACUUCCAACCAUCUCUAAUAAUGCUCAACCGCUACUUCAGUGAGAAGCGACCUCUGGCCAAUGGGCUCUCAGCAGCAGGAAGCCCUGUGGCCCUGUGCUGCCUCUCGCCGCUGGGCCAGGUCCUCCAGUACCAGUACGGAUGGAGGGGGGGCUUCCUUAUCUUGGGUGGCCUUCUGCUCAACUGUUGUGUGUGCGGGGCCCUAAUGAAGCCUCUGGUUGCCCCCAAGAAGGCCAUGGCUAAGGACGUGGAACAGGACAACGAGGGAGAAACAGAGGUGGCAGAGAAGAAUAAGAAGCCCAAAGCCAAACUGCUGGACUUCUCUGUGUUCAAUGACUGUGGGUUUCUCAUCUACACGGUGGCGGCGUCCAUCAUGGUGCUGGGGCUGUUUGUGCCUCCAGUGUUUGUUGUGAGCUACGCUAAGGAGCUUGGGAAUGAGGACACCAAAUCGGCUCUGCUGCUCACUAUCCUGGGCUUCAUUGACAUUUUUGCACGGCCCACAUGUGGUGUGAUUGCCGGACUGAAAUGGGUGCGGCCUCGCUGCGUCUACCUCUUCAGCUUUGCGAUGAUCUUCAAUGGAACCACUGACCUCAUCGGAUCACAGGCGAAGGACUACUCAACGCUGGUGGUCUUCUGCAUCUUCUUUGGCAUCUCCUACGGCAUGGUGGGUGCGCUGCAGUUUGAGGUUCUGAUGACAAUAGUUGGUACUGAGAAGUUCUCCAGUGCCAUUGGCCUGGUCCUGCUCAUGGAGGCUAUUGCUGUGCUAGUUGGGCCACCUGGUGCAGGCCGGCUUCUUGAUGCCACCAAGAACUACAUGUACGUCUUCCUGCUGGCAGGAAGCGAGGUGGUCCUCGCAGCUGUGGUUCUGGCUUCUUGUAACUUCCUGUGUAUCAGAAAGAAGUCCUCCACGCCGGCGGACAAGCUUGAGAACAUCACAGUGACAGAGGACGUCAAGGCGGAGGCGUGCAGCGAACCUGCAGAGAUGAAUGAGGAGGAGGAGAAGGGAGCAAGAGAGGAGCAAGAGAAGGAGACAAAGAAAGAGGUCUUGAAGGAGGAGGGGGAGACAGACAAAGAGGUCAGGCCAGAGAGUGUAACAGUGGACUCACAGGAAGUGGAACGGUUCUUGAAAGAGCCACAACAAAAUGGUGACAUGGCCAUCAGUCCUGAAACAUGCCUGUGAGCAGGGAUGGAGGACGCUGGACUACUCGCAGGCUGUGCUCCUUCCUUUUUUAAAAUAACCCAACGGCAGGACAAAGUGUACUUUGAAGUGUCCUAACGAGCACACUAUUAGAUAGUUGUGCUUUCCUCAUCAUUCAGUGUUUAAUCCAGGUGUUCAUCUCGUUGUGGGGAGGCUUAUUGGUUUUACUGCCAUAUGAAAUCGUAAGAGUUGUCAGCAAUAUGUUAUCUCUAGAUGUUUUAAAAUGUGGUGGUUAAUAAUAAUCAAUAGAACAACUCAGCACUGCCUUGUGUGUACAGUUUAUAUCAAAGUUUUAUUUUGAAGUAUAGUCACCAGCAAAUAAAGGUAAGGGAUCAUUUUCACAAUAUUCUAUAUUCUCAAUGUCAACAAAUCCCAUGAAAAUACUAAAAUAACUAAGGUGACCGGAUGUCCUGAUUUGCUUGGGAUUUUCCUGGUUUCAAGCUGCACCAAGUCCUGACAAAUAUCUGUAAAACACUGACAUUUCCUGGUUUUAACAUCUGGUACACAACUACAUAGUAGUAAUAAUAAUUAUUAUAUUAUACAUGUUUUCAGUCCUUACAUAGACGUUUAUCAUGUACCACUUAUUAUUACCUAACCCAGUAUAAAAACAUAAUGCACCACGCACCAGAGUUCAGCACUGAUUUGUCAGUAUGUCAAUCAAUCAGUGUGACAUUGUUAAUAUGUGGCUAGCCUCUGAGUCAUAGUCUGACAUCAUAGGCUCAGUCAGUAAGAUAAUGGUUAGCUAAAGAGCUCCAGGGGGCUUACUCCUUUGUAAAGUAUCCUCCAAUGAAAAUGCUGUGUUCAUGGCGUCCAUAAUGUUGAAAGGUGCGCUUGGUAGGUAUCCCCCCAGCCUCAACACCUAUGGUGUGCGCAUGAACAUGCGGUACACUUGAGGGUCCUGGUUUGGGAAUGUUAAAAUAUUACCCUUACUAUAACUACAGCUGGGAACUAGCUUUUAGCUAUAUCUGAUGCAAUAAAUAUAUUAUUCAUUGUCCCUGUUAAAUAAACAGCUAAAUUAAAUAAAAAAAUAAGGUUUUUAUCAGGUGUUGCCUAUGUAGCCAACCCCUGUUAGUUUAUCUUAUUCCUCUGUGCCUGCUGCAGGAAAUACUCACUAUAGCACCAAAUAUUUAUUCAUCCACAUCUGAAAACAGUCCUCAACAAAUGCACUAUUUACUCCUGUUUUAGUAACAUUUACAGUGUUUUAGGAAAUUACAUAAAACUUGAAACAAUAUAUCGCUGAGGCAUUUUUAAAGAUUAACCUCUGCAGUAGGAACCAAUGUGCUUCGGACUGAGUUUGGACCAACACAUUGUUAGUGUUCUCAUUCGAUUUGUUGGCAAUAAGAAAUAUAGAAUCAUGCCAGCCUUAUCCUUUAAAAACAAAAGGCCGCUUUUUUCUCACAAAGUGUUAUAAAGAACAGCUUAGCUGUGUAAGUAGGAACACCUUUCUAUUAAUGCUUAAAAUGGUUUGUGUUUGCUUUAAAAGGCUCGUAAUGCCCUGACCACCUGGUGUCAUCACAGCGUAAGAAUCUUUCCUUAUGAUCUGUGCUGCCACAGUUAAGGCGGGUUAGAUGUUUAAGUGAGAAGUGGUUUCUGUCGUAUCAGUAUUGAAUGGUUGCUACAUGCAUUGAGCAUCGGUGUUGCAGUCGUUUGAAGAUUGUUGCUGGUCUUGUGGUAUCUUUGUGAUCCCUCCCUGGAUUAUAUGCAGGGCCCAAAUAUUCUCCACGUCUUUGUUAUUCUCUUCAUCACUGUGUUACAUGAUAUAUUUACAGUAUUUUAGCUUCACUCAACAGACUUUGCCUUUGAAGAUCACUUAUCUGUAUGUGUGUUACUGUGGUUAACUGCUGAUAUCGAGCUUCUGUGAGCUGACAGUGUCGUUUGUUGUGGUUUUGGGUCGACUGAUAUGGCCUACUGAUGGGGGGGUGAACAUAGACUUUGAGAAAACGUCACUAAACUGACUACUAGAUUACUUUUACUCAUGCUUACAUGCUAUGCAUUGUCUGUACUGUUUGUGUGUUUCAGUGAAGCAGAAUAUUAAAGGAAAAUUUAGUUUAUUAACAA